AUGGCGACUACUACCUUCGAUUACGGAUCAAUUCAGAGCUCAUCACAGAGAAGAGGAGUAGCGAUGGUUUUAGCCAUGGUUACCGCCGUGGUGCUUUCGCCGUUGUACGUGAAUGGUCGACAGAAAGAAAGUCACUUGGAGACGAGAUUAUGGAGCUCUGGAUUUGUUCUGCCGAUGGUUCUUGCAGGGUUGAUUGUCGCCAUUAAAACAACUUCAUCUUCUUCGUCGUCAUCAAAUGAUGCAUUGUGUGAAGAUGAUACGUCGUCGUCGUCGUCGUCAUGGAUGCUAAGAGUUGGGAGUUCGUCGUGGGGAUUAGCUGGGGUUCUUGGGAUGUUCUUGUUUGUGGUGUAUUGGCACGACACUGUUCAACAUUUAUUCUGGAGAUAA